AUGGAUUGGCACGUGGAGAAGAAGCUUGGAAAGGAGAGCAUGAUGUUUUUACUCAAGAAUCACCCAAUGAAAGAGGGAUGUUCAUGGAGGAAGAAAUUAUCAGCAACACCUCACAAGAGAAGAAUGGAGCCAAGGAGCAACUUUGAAGAUUUGAUAACUUUCAUCAAGAGUUCUCAUAGAGAGCAUACAGCCUUGAUUGAUGAGAGAUUGGAGUCAGCCUUCACGAGAUUGAAUGAGAAGUUGGAUUCUAUUUCUUCUUUCACAAGAGACUUGGAUCUUAGAGUUGCCAACAUAGCCAGCUCUAUUAAGAGAGAAGAAGGCAUGCUACCAGGAAAAGUGGAAAUCAAUCCAAGGAGAGCAGCUGUAGCAGCUAUCACUCUUAGGAAUGGAAAAGGGUAUGAGCCACCAGCAUACCCAGAUCAAGAGGAAGCAAAGCCGCCAAUCAAGAAGAAACCAAUGGAGUAUGUCAUUAUUGGAGAUGGACUGAACCACCUAAGGAAGUCCAUGUCAGAAUAG